AUGAAAGGCCGCAUAAAUCCAUGUUCAAGAUGUUUAAUCGAAAAUUGUAUAAUUUCAAAAGUAGAUGACGAUCCUAGGGAUGAAAUAAAAAAUAACAUGAACGUUUCGCAAAUAGAAGAUAAAACCAAAAAGUUGUUAAAAUUGUACUUAAAAAAAAAAAAAGAGUAUUGGUCUAGUUUGGCAAGAAAGAAAUGUAUACAAACGUCUAUAACUACAAAACCAAAACCAAUAGUUUCUCUAAUGAACAAUAAUAACGGGCAAAAAAAGUCUUUGAAUACCAACCGAUUAAAUGAAUUAUCUAAACCCAGAUUCGAUUAUUACGAAUACAUGGAGGAAACGGUGACAACUAGGCGUCAUUUUGGGCAAGUAAAUAUUGCGAGGAUAAACGAUUUGGCUACACCGCGGAGGAUAGCAUCGAGUGACGAUCAGGCGCCGCGUAAGUGCAAUUGUUGUAAGGUUCCUUUAUCGGUAUUGUUGCCGAGGAUAGAAAAAUUGUCCGUACCACCGAGACGGACUGACGUAGCCGAACAUGUUAAAACAGACGAAGACACGUUUUCGGUUAAAAAGUCAGCUCUGAGAUACGUCGCUUCUGAAAGGUUGAAACGGUUAGCGACACCACGACCAUUGUAACAAGAUGAUUUUAACUGUUUCAA